AUGGAAAGGUGUAUCGAAGAUAUACUGGUCGCGGCUACAGAUUACUAUCGUGUGCUGGGCGUCUCAUACGAUUCCUCAAUACAGGAUAUCCGUCGUGCCUAUAUUAAAAAAAGUCGAUUUUGUCAUCCCGACAAGUUCGUCCCGGCCAACCCUCGAGCCACCGAAUGCUUUCAGUUGUUGAAUGCAGCAUACCAUACCCUUACCGACGAAUCCUUACGAUUCGAAUACGACUGCAUAAGAAAUUCGCCUGGUCACUUUAAUGCAGAUUUUGCGACGCAAUAUGAAUACAAAGGAGAUAUGUUUGAGCGUAUGGUGUAUCAGGCAUGCGACGAAAUGUUCGAAGGCCAAUUUCAUACCCUAAGAGUUCUUUUUUAUACCUUUCGCGGUACAGAUCGAUGUACGCGAGUCGACGAUCAUAUCAUUGAUUCAAUCGAAUACCUAUUCAAGAACAUGUACUAUGUAUUAAUGCAUACCCAAAGCUGUUAUCAAGCGAUCAAAGCAGACUUGAUCGAACUCUGUCAAUUACAAAAACAAUUACGAGGAUUAUCCCUUUUCGAUGUGGGCGGCCGGUUACGCCUUUCUCUAGCCAUCAGUAAAACCAUGCUCAAGCUAAUACUCAAAUCUACUACUACUACUAACGAUACCACCCAAAAACAACAUGACGAUGAUGAUCGAGCGUUUGAACGAACGAUCAAACUUUUAAUAGAAGUGAUUCAAACAAUAGAACGUAAAUUUUAA